AUGCAGGAUGCCAACAGAUCCACAGUGAAUGAAUUUUUUCUUUUGGGCUUUUCCAACUUGCACUCAUUUCAGCGUUUACUCUUUUGUGUUGUUCUUGUGGCCUAUACCAUUUGUGUUUUGGGAAAUUUUACUAUUAUUCUCUUAGUUAGAACUGAGUCUUCUCUUCAUACUCCAAUGUACUUCUUUAUCAGUAUAUUUACGGUUUUAGAGAUAUUGUUUGCCUCAGUCACAAUUCCAAAACUUCUAGCUAUUCUCAUUCAAACUAAGAAGACCAUUUCUUUUUUUGGUUGCUUUGUCCAAAUGUAUACCUUCAAUGCCCUUGGAGAAACAGAGUGCUUCCUGCUAGUUCUGAUGGUCUUUGACCGAUAUCUGGCUAUAAAUAACCCAUUACGGUACUCAGCCAUAAUGAAUAGUCAGUUCUGUCAUAGAAUAGCAACCCUUCCAUGGUUUCUUGGUUUCAUUACAUCAUUCAUUCCUAGUAUUUUUACUUUCCUAUUGGACUUUUGUGGACCAAAUGAAGUUGACCACUUCUUUUGUGACCUUGCACCAUUACAAAAUUUGGCAUGUUCAGACCCAUUUAUCAGUAAUAUGACAACUAGUUUGGCGGCUGUUCUGGCAACUGUUUUGCCCUUUUUUACUAUAAUGAGUUUCUACAUUCACAUCAUAUACACCGUGUUGAAAAUUAAAAGUGCUGAGGGUAAAAUGAAAGCUUUUUCAACUUGCUCGUCCCAUCUCAUAGUAGCAUCUUUGUUUUAUGGUUCUGCUAUUGUUGUGUAUGUCAGGCCCAAAGGCAGUCACUAUGACAAGUUUCUUGCUCUCAUGUACACUGUUAUUAUACCAGUUCUGAACCCUUUUAUCUACACAUUCAGAAAUAGAGAGGUAAAGGAUGCCUUAAGAAAAACAAUUAAACAAUUUAUCAAGGUUUUACGUUGA